GCGGGUUAUCAGCAUUCGUUAAUCCUAAACUCUGCGUUUUGAUUGGACCACAUCGACAAGAAACUUGCUCAUUAUUAGGAGCCAACCGAGUUUGGCUUUUCCACGUCGUCGUUCUUUAAAUACUUAAUAUUUUCACCAAUAACAACAGCGCCUUACAAUUUCAUUCAGGAGGAUAGUAUCGUAAUGCUCGUUUAGAUUUUUUCCGGAACGCUUGCUUUUCUUCUUUCGUCAAAUUCUCUUCUUUCUUCAAAUUUUCUUCUUUCGUCGAAUUCUCUUCUUUCACGAACACUGAGUUGUUUUCUGUAGCAUCAUUCAGGUUUUUGUUUUCCGUGGACUUUUGAAACGUUUCCUUUUUUUUGUAAUUUGGUUUUUGAGAACCCGAGGCAUUGGGUUGAAAGGGAGAACUGGCUUUCAACUUCGAACUGCAAUUUCAAGAUGGUCUGUCCAGGUUCAACGCAGCUGUCUCAUGACGUUAGGCUCAACAGUAAUACUGGAUUCUGUGGUUUUCAUCGUCAUAAUCGGAUGGGGGUUGGUCGAUUACAUUUGGUCACCAUAAAUCUUUCACCGGGUAGCUUGAAGCAAGACUCUUCGGCACUCCAUCUUUUAAGUAGACUACAUGCUCCAAUAAGGCACGUGCCUUCCAAAUGUAAUGUUUUUAUAUGUCGGUCUGUCCUAAAACCGGGUGGAGGGAGUGGAACUCUGAUGAAAUCUGCUGGUGUUAUUUUAACAAGAUAUUUAUUCAGGUCAUAUGAUGCUUUACAAAGGAACCCCGUUUUGCUUCAAUUGAUCCCAGCCCUUGGUAUCAUUGCCUUUGCUGCUUGAGGUCUUGAGCCACUCAUUCGACUUAGCAGGGUUUUGUUCCUUC